UAGCCCCCACCUGGCCCACCUUCUUCCCCUGAUCAGCGCCCUUCUUACUCCCAGCCCGUCCCUCGGUGGGAUCGUAGCCGCGACUGCCUUCUCGAGGACCACAGGGGCUUGUCCCCGGGGGAAGCCGGUCCUACCUGGCCGGGGCACCUGGCCCCCUGGCUUCUUGAUCUUCCCGGGCAGCUCAUCUCUGGAACCGCCGGCCCUGAUCUGAGGCUUCAGGGGCAGGAGGACGGGCCCUGAGCUGCGGCCCUGGAGACCCGCUCUGCCGGUAGCCAACUGUUGUGACCUUGGGCCACAGUCCCUCUCCUCAAGCCUUGCAGAUUUCCAUUCCACCCCCACCCCGGGGUGGGUGGGCAGCUACCAGAACCCCAGGUUGUACUUUUCAGCCUAUGACUUUCCUGGAGCAAGGCCUUGCGUUGGUGUCAUUGAGGUUUUUCCAAACUUGCCAUAUCGGAAAAACCAUCCAGGACGCUUGUUAAUAUCAGGUGCAACGGCCCUGCAAGAAUGGCAGAUUUUGGAAUCUCCCCAGGCCAGUUUGUGGCAGUGAUCUGGGAUAAGUCAUCCCCCGUGGAGGCACUGAAAGAGCUGGUGGAUAAGCUUCAAGUGGUAACUGGCAGCGAGGGCCAAGUGUCUGUGGAAAACAGCAGCCAGCUGUUGCAGUCUGCCCACAAAGAAUCUAGCUUUGAUGUUAUUUUGUCGGGUGUGGUUCCUGGAAGCACCGCUCUGCACAGUGCUGAGACUUUGGCUGAGAUUGCCCGGAUCCUUCGGCCUGGGGGAUGCCUUUUUCUGAGAGAACCUGUUGAGACAGCUAUUGUUAACAACAGCAAAGUGAAGACGCCUUCUAAACUGUGUUCAGCCCUGACUCUCUCUGGUCUCGUGGAAGUGAAAGAGCUGCAGCGGGAGCCCCUGAACCCUGAAGAGAUACAGUCUGUACAAGAACACCUGGGUUACCAGAGCGACAGCUUGUGCUCUGUUCAAAUCACAGGCAAAAAGCCCAACUUUGAAGUGGGUUCUUCUAGUCAACUUAAGCUUUCUGUUGCCAAGAAGUCGCCUUCAGUGAAGCCUGCUGUGGACCCCGCCGCCGUCCAGCUCUGGACCCUCUCAGCCAACGACAUGGAGGAUGAGAGCGUGGAUCUCAUUGACUCAGAUGAGCUGCUAGAUCCAGAAGAUUUGAAGAAGCCCGACCCAGCUUCCCUGCGGGCACCUUCUUGCGGAGAAGGGAAAAAGAGGAAGGCCUGCAAGAACUGCACCUGUGGCCUUGCCGAAGAACUGGAAAAAGAGAAGUCAAAGGAACAGAUGAGCUCCCUCCCCAAGUCUGCAUGUGGAAAUUGCUAUCUGGGUGAUGCUUUCCGCUGUGCCAGCUGCCCCUACCUGGGGAUGCCAGCCUUCAAACCUGGGGAGAAGGUGCUGCUGACCCAGAACAACCUCACUGAUGCCUAGGCGGCCCCGGCCCGGGACACGUCCGCCCCACUGGCCAACUUCUGCCCCUUGAAUCCCACCUGUGUGGUCCCUGCACUUGUUCACUCUGUUUGAAAUCCAUUCGGUGCUUAAUAGAGUUCAGCUGGCUGUGGGGUGCAGUGUACGUAGUGCUGCUAUUUAUCAAAAGAUCAAGGUAUAAUGGGGCCUAGCUGCCCCUGGGUUGGGGGGACAUGCUUCCUCACUCAGUGUUAGGGAAGGGCAUGUGCCCCGAAGAGGCCCUUCUCUCAGAGUCAGAAUGCCGGCCACGGCAUUCCCCAAGCGCCGCUGUCUAAGUAUUAACAUUUGGAGAUAGAAGCGCCCUCCUCUGUGCCAGGCAGGAGAGCUGUGGCGCCUUGUCCAGCAGCGGCCGACUCAGCGUGCAGUUCUUGGGGAUAUGAGUCAGGUGUCUCCUCAGGGCCCCAGGGGACUCACUCCUUGGUCUCUGCAAUCCUACCCAGCGCCCCUCCACCGCCCACCCCUCACUGUGUCAUGUCUGCGUCCUGUGGUCACUCCUGUUCGCCUCCAGGUAUUAAACUAUUCUGUGUGUCCGUGUGAAAAUGCCGUGUUUGUGUCAUGUCUGACAGUCGUCCAAGCCCAGCUUGGACCCCAAGACUUUCUUCUGUGGAGACUCAGUGUCUCACAAUAGGGGCAGUCCUAUUUAUGGAGCAGGGCUUCUCUCUAGAAGAGUCUGCUUUGAUGAAAAUGUAGAAGGAAGAGGGACAGAAAUCUGACCAAUAAUAAAUCUGUCUGAGCAGACAACUCUUCUCUUUUCCUCAUUACCCACACACAGACUUGGAAUUAACCUUGUCAAAAACAUUGUGUGGCUUUGAGACACCUAGAUUUUUAUAUUUUACCAAUAAAUAAAAGUAUUCAUUAGUAUCGG